CAGGCUGGUAUAACUGGAGCUACUGGGGAAGCUGGUGGAGGAGGCAGGACCGGUGUAACGGGUGAGUCCCGUGUCGGGGUAAUCGUUGAGGGUCACGGGGGCUGCACCAUGCCUGCCCGGCAGAGGAGGAAGAGGAUUGGACUCUGCCUCAACGAGAAAAAGAAACGAAAACUCAAUUUCCACAUCUUCGAGGAGCUUUGCAGAAGCCGCGGCUAUGAUGUCACAGAUAUCGAUCUGGCUCGGCCUCUCUGUACUCAAGGCCCACUUGAUCUCAUCAUCCACAAGUUAUCAGAUCUUCUCGUGGAAGCCGAACAGGACCUGAUAUCACAUCAUCUCGUCCAGAGGCUACAGGUUUAUCUGAGCAGUCACCCCCGCACCGUCCUGCUGGACCCCCUGCACGCCCUCCACACGUUGCUGGACCGGUUCCAGUCCUACCACCUGCUGCGCAGCCUGGAGACCCAAAACGAAGGAGCUGACGCUGUCUUUUCUCCCCCGUGUGUGGAGAUCUCGGCCAUGCGCAGCGACGUGGUCACGCUGGUCCGGACUCAUCUCACCUUCCCCAUCAUCUGUAAGACACGCGUGGCACAUGGGCCACGCUCCCACCAGAUGUCCCUCAUUUUUAACGAGGACGGUUUGAGCGACGUGACGCCCCCCUGCCUCCUGCAAAGCUUCAUCAAUCACAGCGCGGCGCUGUACAAGGUGUUUGUGGUGGGGUCGGAGCAUUUCAUGGUGCAGAGACCCUCGGUGCGGAACUUCCCCCCGGGGCAGACAGAUCAGAGGACGAUUUUCUUCAACAGCCACGACGUCUCCAAGGCCGAGUCGUGUUCGCACCUGUCCCAGACCACCCCGUGUCCCGAGGUGCGGCCCCCGCCGGGCGAGGUGGUGAAUCGCGUGGUGCGAGGGCUGCGGAGCGCUCUCGGGAUGUCUCUCUUUGGAGUGGAUCUGAUCGUGGACACGCAGAGCGGCCGGUGCGCCGUGAUCGACGUCAAUGCCUUCCCGGGCUACGAGGGGGUCCCUGAGUUCUUCCCUGCUUUGCUUUCACAUGUGGACAAAGUCCUGGCUGCCGGCGAGGGACCCCCAGUGAACCCCCACAGAGAAGCCCCCAGGACCCCGGAGCGUCCAGCAGAGGAGUCGCCCGACUUGCGUGGGUCGGUAACCGCCGAGCGCUGGUCCAAAGAGUCAGACUUACCGGCCCCUUACAAGAAAAACCGGGCCUGCAAUCCCUACUUUAACCUCCGCACCCCCAGUGUCUCCUGCGACUGGUGACGGACUCAGCCUGCUGCCCCUUCCCUGCCGGAGGAGAUUAAUGGAGACGGAACCCCCGGGCGGCCACGAAAACCUUUCCCGACGCGCCAUUACCCCAAAGGGCCGGUGAUUCUAACCCAGACCAUCUCAUUCCGUAACGCGGCCCCCCAAACACCGUCAGUGACUCUCGGGACCCCCGACGUGGAUCUGGUUUCAUGGUUCGAUUUUAUUGGGUAUCAAAAGCAAAACAUUUCACGCAGAGCCGGCCUAAAAAGCAAAACUAUGGAAACGGCUAAAAGAGAAGCGACCCAGCCCCGUCCC